GAACAGGAGGUCCAUAUGAGGUUCUUCACCACGUGGGGAGAUCCAUCUCCAUCAGGAACAGGAGGUUCUUCACCACGUGGUGGCACCUCUGCACCAGAAACAGCAGGUUCCUCACCACGUGGCGAGAUCCAUCUCCAGCAAGAAACAGGAGGUCCAUAUGAGGUUCUUCACCACGUGGCGAGAUCCAUCUCCACUGAGAACCUGGAGAUCCGUGAGGUUCUACAAAUCUCCACCAGGAACAGGAGGUUCCUCACCACGUGGGGAGAUCCAUCUCCACUGAGAUCCCUGAGCUCCAUCUCCACCAAGAACCCUGAGGUCCAUGUGAGGAGCUCCAUCUCCACCAAGGAGCAGGAGAUCCAUGAGGUUCUCCAACUUCACCAUGCAGUGAACUCCAUCUUCACCAAGAACCUGGAGGUCUGUGAAGUUCUCCACGACAUGGUGAGCUCCAAUUCCACCAAGAACCUGGAGGUCCAUGAGGUUCUCCACCACGUGCUGAGCUCCAUCUCCACCAAGAACCAGGAGGUCCAUGAGGUUCUCCACCACGUGGUGAGCUCCAUCUUCAUGAAGAACCUGGAGGUCCACGUGCUGAGCUCCAUCUCCACCAAGAACCAGGAGCUCCAUGAGCUUCUCCACCCUCCCCUCGUGCUGAGCUCCAUCUCCACCAGGAACUCCUGGACAGAGAACAUCCAGGGAUUGUCUCCAUCCAUCCCCACCCGGACAAGGAGAAGUCCUCGAGGUCCACCCCGACCUUCUGGCUGUGUCACCGCCCGGUUCCUCUCUGGGGGGUCCCGAGGAACAUCCUGGUCCUGAGGGAUCUCCAUGGGGUUGAGGAGGUCACCUGGACACCAGGGGACCUCAGUGACAAUUGUCCACCCCGGGGAGGAGACCUGGGAGGUGCCCAUGGGAGCGGUGGCCGAUUGUCCAUCCUGGAGGAGCCGAUGUCCCCUCGUGUCCCCGUGUCCAUCCUGUCCCACCACGUUGGCACCACCAGGACCUGUCCUGGAGCCACCGGGGCUGCCCGGCCCUGUUGGAGCUGUCCAGGACCUCCCAUCUGCUCCUGGUUCUCCUGGGGCCAUCCUGGUGUCCAUCAGCUCCUGGGGCCAUCCUGGUGUCCACCAUCAGCUCCUGGAGACAUCUUGGGGUCCAUCCAACUCUAGAGCCCAUCCUGGUGUCCACCAUCAGCUCCUGGAGACAUCUUGGGGUCCAGCAUCUCCUCCUGAUCCUCCUCGACCAAUCUUGGUGUCCACCAUCAGCUCCUGGAGACAUCUUGGGGUUCAUCAUCUCCUCCUGGUCCUCCUGAACCUAUCUGAGGGUCCACCAUCAAUUCUUGGAGUCAUCUUGGUGUCCACCAUCUCCUCCUGGUUCCUCUGGGCCCAUCCUGGUGUCCACCAUCAACUCCUGGUUCUUCUGGGCCCACCCUGGUGUCCACCAUCUCCUCCUGGGCCCAUCUUGAGGUCCACCAUCAACUCCUGGAGCCAUCUUGGGGUCCACCAUCUCCUCCUGGUCCUCCUGAACCCAUCCUGGUCUCCACCAUCAAAUCCUGGACCAAUCUCCUGGACCACCAACUCCUCCUGGUCCUUCUGAAUCCAUCUUGGUGUCCACCAUCAACUCCUGGAGCCACCGUGGGGUUCAGCAUCUCCUCUUGGUUCUCCUGAACCCAUCUUGGUGUCCAUCCAACACUUGGACCAAUCUUGGAGAUGGGUGCAGCAUCUCCUCCUGAACCCAUCUUGGGCUCCACCAUCAACUCUGGGUCCUGCUGGGCCCAUCCUGGGGUCCAUCAUCUUCUCCUGGUGUCCAUCAUGUUCUCCAGGUCCUCCAAGACCCAACUUUGGGUCCAUCACCUCCUCCUGCUUCUCCUGGACUCAUCCUGGUGUCCACCAUCUUCUCCAAAUCCUUCAUAUCUCUCUUUGGUGUCCAUCUUCUCCUUCUGGGCCCAUCCUGGGGUCCAUCAUCUUCUCCUUCUGGGCCCAUCCUGGUGUCCAUCAUCUUCUCCAAGUCCUUCAUAUCUCUCCUUGGUGUCCAUCAUCUUCUCCUGCUGGGCCCAUCCUGGGGUCCAUCAUCUCCUCCAGGUUUCUCCUUGGUGUCCAUCUCCUCCUUCUGGACCCACCCUGGUGUCCACCAUCUCCUCCAGGACCCACCAGGGCACCCAUCUCCACCUGGUCCUGCCCAGCCCACCUUGGUGUCCCUGAUCUCCUCCAGGUCUCACCUUGGUGAGCCCAAACCUUCUCCAGGUCCCACCCUGAUGACCCCCAAUGUCCAUCAGGUCUCACCUUGGGGUCCUCCAGUCUCCAGCAGGUCCCACC